CCUGCACAUGGAUCGCAUCUGUCAGCAUGACAUUCGUCAUACCAAAACAUACUUCUUUUUUGUAAACAUUGCCGGUUUUUGUGGCGCACAUGUUGGUGUUUUGCGUUUUUUCUUAAACAAAAAUUCCAAAAUGUCCUUCGAAACGCUCUAUACAUCGACGGCAUGUAAUCGCACUCCAGACUCGUUGGAUUGGGGUCAGGAUGGACUGAUCUAUUUCGCCGCUAACAACGCUGUGGCCGUGUUCGACCCUAAGUAUCACGGUUCGGUUAAAAUUGUGCGAACACUAGUUGGACACACUGCAAGGGUAAACACGGUACGUGUGAUUCGCAAUGGAAGCGAAUGCCACGGUGGAAUACAUCUUGUUUCUGGCUCAGAUGAUGGAACGUGCAUACUGUGGAACACCAAGGAGCAUGGUGCCAAAUCUAAUCCGGCACGAUUCGUUCUAAAAGGACAUUCGAAGGGUGUUACGGUGGUAGAUGCAUUCGUUGAUGCGAUGAACCAUUUAAUCGUUGCAACUGGAUCAAUUGAUAGUUCUAUCAAGCUGUGGCAUUUUGCGGAUGAAACCUCUUUCGAGUGUUUUCAAACGAUCGACUUAAGAUCGGGGCUUACGUUCGGAAUGAAACUAUUUAGUUUGGCGCGUUCGAACUCCAUCAUGCUUGCGUAUACAACCGACACGGAUGUGGUAAACUUAUGUGUGUGCCAGGCAGAAAGCGACAGCCAAUCGAGGUUUGUGCAGGUAGAACAGUUGAAAGGACACUUUGAUUGGGUGCGUGGGUUAGAUUGCGUACGGUUGGCAGAUAGUGAGGAUUGCCUGUUGGCCACUUCAUCCCAGGAUACUUUCAUUCGAUUGUGGCGUAUUUCACCUAGAGGAUCACUGCAGAAGCAGAAGGAUUUUGAAGAAGUUCGCUUCGAUGAGGACAUAACGAUUGAGGAACGAACGUUUACCGUUCGUGCAGUGGAUGGUGGUGAAUAUCAUUACGCGCUUUCGUUGGAAUCGGUACUUCAGGGUCAUGAAGGAUGGGUUUAUGGAGUGCAUUUUACUACCCGUGACGGAAAGCUACACCUGCUAUCAAGCUCUAUUGACAAAAGUUUGACCGUUUGGACACCGUCAGAGAGUGGUGUUUGGGUGGAAAGUGUUCGGGUGGGUGAGGUUGGCGGUUCAUCGUUAGGAUUUUAUGGAGGAAAAUUUUCGCCCAACGGGAAGUCCAUCAUUGGACAUGGCUUUCAGGGUAGCUUUCAUCUGUGGCAUGAAGAUGACGAGCAAGCGGGACUGUGGAAACCGGGAACCAUUUUGGGAGGUCACUUUGCCGGAGUGAGAGAUCUUGCGUGGGAUCCAGUCGGAGGAAUGUACGUGGUGACACUUUCCGCCGAUCAAACUACGCGCAUUCAUGCACCGUGGAGCAGAGAGGGCACAACAACGUGGCACGAGAUAGGACGACCGCAGGUGCACGGUUACGACAUGCAAUGUUUAACGUUACUUUCACGCUAUCGCUUGGCCAGUGCAGCAGAGGAGAAGAUCAUAAGAAUUUUCCAGGCACCGUCUAAUUUCGUGCAAAACUUCAGAGCACUGUGUGGCAUUUCGAAUGAUCCGGAAGGUGAUGCAGUGCUUGAAAGUAACCCGAUGGGAGCUUCAGUACCUUCAUUAGGACUCUCCAACAAGGCAGUGUUCGAAGUAGAGCAACCGGAAGCGGACAGCCGACAUAUCAAGGACAUGUAUCCGGAACAUUACUUCAGCCCUAUUGCUUUGGAAACCCCGCCCGCGGAAGAAACGUUGAUGCAAAACACACUUUGGCCCGAAAUUCAGAAACUCUAUGGUCAUGGUAACGAAAUAUACGCGAUCGCAUCUUCUCCGGACGGUAAUCUCAUUGCGUCCGGUUGUCGCGCGACGUCAGUAGAACAGGCACAAAUUUUACUCUGGGACACCUCAUCUUGGCGAGUGGUUCAACAUCUUACCGCUCAUCAACUUACGGUGACACAGUUGGCUUUCUCGCCGAAUGGUCAAUUCUUGCUAGCAGUGUCCCGUGAUCGAACAUUUUCCGUGUUUCACCGCGAGACGAGCGGUUUCGAAUUGCUUAUGCGUUCCGAUAAAAGUAAAGGUGUACAUACGCGAAUUAUCUGGUGCUGUGACUGGUCACAUGAUUCGAACAUUUUCGCAACUGGUUCCCGAGACGGAAAGGUCGUUGCAUGGAAAGCUGGUAAAGAUCAACAGGAGACGACUGGUUCAUCGGUGCCGUUUGUACAGCAAGCAGUUUUGGAGCUUAAAAAUGAAUCAAUAACUGCGAUCGCGUUUGCCCGAAGGAAACUCUCCGACGAUCGAUACUUGGUGGCUGUCGGUUUUGAGAGUGGCGUGAUUAAAUUGUACGGUUUGGGCCACUGGGAUCUGCUGUUUAGCAUAGCUGAAGCGGACGCACAUCAUAUGACGGUUAAGCGUCUAUCAUUCCGGCCACACGAAGAGAACCACCAGCUGGCAAGUUGUGGAGAGGAUGGUUUUGUUCGGGUGUAUGCUAUAAACGUGUAGAAUGAACAUACAUAUUGCAAAUAAAAUACAAUUAAUGUUGAAAAUAUGAAAAAGGGCGGCUCGGUGUUGUACGCGAUAAAGGGCACUGAUUUCGAUACUCGACACUUCUGGGCUCCUCUGCCGAAGCUUCCGUGAAAUGCUUGGAUUGACAAAAAAGUUCUAAUUUUAUACAUUUGUGAAGACGAGGCUACCUGCGUCUAUUUAGUGCGCUUAAUGUUAAAACCGUCCCUGUAUUAUCCAUGUAAUCAGGUCUGGAGCUAUGAAAAAUAUAAUUAUUUUUUUUUCCUUUUUUC